CCGCCUCCUUGCUGCUGCUGCCGCCGCCAAUGCUGGUCCGGUUGCCCGAGUUCCCGGAGGUCUCUCGCGGGACGUCUCUCACCGCCACCGCUCCUACUCUCGGGCUUCCAAAUCUGGGGCGAUGUCUCCCCAGGUUAAAUUACCCUAGCUCCUGCUCCAGAUCGCUUCCCCCUGCCCCGCCAGAGCCCAGUAGUUCAAAAAUUAAAUUUGGGGCAAGGGGUGCGCGCCAGAGCGCAGCUGUUUCUGGAGCCUGCGGCAGCGGUGGCGAGCCACAGGGCGGCGACCGUGAGCUCCGGGAGCUGCGCAAACCACCUGGAGACCAUGUCUGAGGAUGCGACCAGGACCCUGGGGAAAGGAAGCCAGCCCCCAGGGCCAGUCCCGGAGGGGCUGAUCCGCAUCUACAGCAUGAGGUUCUGCCCCUUUUCUCACAGGACCCGCCUCGUCCUCAAGGCCAAAAACAUCAGACAUGAAGUGGUCAACAUUAACCUGAGAAACAAGCCUGAAUGGUACUAUACAAAGCACCCUUUUGGCCACAUUCCUGUCCUGGAGACCAGCCAAUGCCAACUGAUCUAUGAAUCUGUUAUUGCUUGUGAGUACCUGGAUGACGCUUAUCCAGGAAGGAAGCUGUUUCCAUAUGACCCUUAUGAACGAGCUCGCCAAAAGAUGUUAUUGGAGCUAUUUUGUAAGGUCCCACAUUUGACCAAGGAGUGCCUGGUAGCGUUGAGAUGUGGGAGAGAAUGCACUGAUCUGAAGGCAGCCCUGCGUCAGGAAUUCAGCAACCUGGAAGAGAUUCUUGAGUAUCAGAACACCACCUUCUUUGGUGGAACCUGUAUAUCCAUGAUUGAUUACCUCCUCUGGCCCUGGUUUGAGCGGCUGGAUGUGUAUGGGAUACUGGACUGUGUGAGCCACACGCCAGCCCUGCGGCUCUGGAUAUCAGCCAUGAAGUGGGACCCCACAGUCUGUGCUCUUCUCAUGGAUAAGAGCAUUUUCCAGGGCUUCUUGAAUCUCUAUUUUCAGAACAACCCUAAUGCCUUUGACUUUGGGCUGUGCUGAGUCUCACUGUCCACCCCUUCGCCGUCCAGAAUUCCCCAGCUUGUUGGGAGUCUACAUCACGGCCUGUCUUGGGAACCAAUCCGUCUCUCUUUCUUUUCUUUGAAGUUCCCAAUAAAAUGAAAACAGGAAAUGUA